GUUCCUUGCUAGGGCUCUAGAGGGAUUUGUGCUGGAAGAGCUCUAGGUUGGAUAGAUCUGUGGCAGCAGACAUUAGAUCCAGAAUCAUGGCGUCGGGCCUCACGGCCACGGAGCUCUCCACAGUCGGCGGCAUCGCGACAGUGUCGCUGCUCCAUUCUUUCAUCCCCACGCACUGGCUGCCCUUCUCAAUCGUCGGGCGCGCACAGAAGUGGACGAUUUCGCGAACGCUGCUCGUCACGGCGCUGGGAGCAGUGUGUCACGUAAUCUCCACGGGGCUCCUGGGUUUCACAGCGAUUACCAUGGCCAACACCAUCGCCGGCGAGGAGACUGUCCACACGCUGGCGUCGUUCCUCCUGAUCUUCCUGGGCGCUGGCUACGUGAUCCUCUUCCUGCUCGGUAAGGGCGGCCACAAUCACUCACACAAUCACUCCAUGGAGAAAAUGGCGGUGGCGGGAUUGAUCCUGGUGCCAACGCUGUCGCCGUGCGCCACGACCCUGCCGGUGUUCCUAGCAGUGGGCAAUGCGUCGCGGGGAUUCAUCGUCCUCGCCAUGGCCGUGCUCCUCUUCAGCACUCUGGCCGUGAUGCUCACACUCGUCGCCCUCUCCUUCUAUGGCGCCAGUCAGUUCAAAUUCCACUGGUUUGAGCGCUACGACAAGGCGCUCGUCGGCGCCGUGCUGUGCCUGGUGGGGAUUCUCACCUAUUUCUUCCACGAUCACGAUCAUCACGUCAGCCACCAGCAUUCCUCGAUCGAAGGCACCGUCGCGGCCUUCGACCGCCUCCAGAGGAAAAUUCUCAAUUAGGGUUCAUCCGGGCGGCUUCCUAGCCGUCCGUUUUGUAAUUUAAUCCAGCGGCUCACAUCGCGUUGAGCCAUGGCAUACUUCAA